AUGAGCGGGAAUUUACCCUUCAGCAGCUAUUUCGGCUGUCAGCCACUGGGUGUCAGCCACAGUCUGUCAGCCGUGGAACUGGCCGCGCAAGUCCUCACACUAGAUACGAUCGAACGGCCGGAAGACCGCCUGAGAAGCCAGUCUAACGUCGAAGUUGCGGAAGGAGGGAGCAGGAGCUUCCAGGCUACAGCGACACCUGUGCAGAGGAACUUCCUCAUCUGGCCUUUAGAGACACCACAUACCUUCGCUAUCAUCGGCCUGACCAAGUGCAUGGGCGAUUCCUCCCGAACUCCUGCCGCCAGUGACCUGCGUGGUGCUAUGGAAAAGACUCUCUCAACACACAGCAUCUCCCGCACGCGGUUUGAUCUAACGGAUUUCAUCCUCUCCCACCUAGGUGAACUCAAUCUCACCUGGGACGAGGUCAGCGUGUCUGAAGACGAGUUCGAGCAAGCCUGUGAGGCAGCCGAAGAAGAAUCAUGGCAGGCGGUGCGGAGGACCACGCGCGCCGACAACGAAGUACCGUACUGCGCGGUGACCUGCAUCUCUGCGCCCGGCCGCAGAGCACUCGCCUUUGUUACGCGGAUCCAUCACGUCCUCACCGAUGUGUUCUCCUCUGCCGUCAUGUCACAGGACCUGGAAACCACCCUAGCAGGUGGCGAAGUAGCACCAGGCCCCCGGUUCGAGGACUUCGCGCGGUUCAUGCACAGCUACACACAAGCCAACGUCGAGCGGGCGAACCAAUGUUUCACCAAGAUGCUAGAGCUCCUGCUGGCCUCAUGCGUCCUGCAACCACCGGCCCCGAAAGAACCUCCGCCACCGGAAGCCCUCAAUCUCAUCCGUCUCCAGUCAUCCCCUUCCAACACCCUGGCCCCCCGCCAACGCCUCAUCUCGCCGUCUCUAUUCUCUCAGGCCGCACAGUCCCGUGGCCAUCGCCCCCCCUCUGUUGUCGGACCCCUUCUCUGUCGCUCUUUGUUCUGCACCAGCAUUGGCAAGGAUUCAACCGUCCACAACUGGCUCGCGACUGUGCACAAGACCACUCUCGAUAUCAUUGAGUUCGAUGGGCUCAUACAUUCGCUGCCUCCAUCUCUGAUGGCCGACCCCCGCACGAACACAUCCAACGUGCUCUGCUUCCUGGACGUCCCCGAGCCGUCGCGGAAUUGGAGCCACAAGGACCGCCAGAAGCAUUACUAUACGCUAUCGUGGUAUAUCACCCAGCGGAGUGAGCAUGUGGCGACGGAGUUUGAGGUUCAGUUGGAGAAGGUGGAUCUACACUGGGCGAAGGCCGUGGCUGGUCUGCCCGGGGAGAUCUUGUCAGGACUUAUCAACGCGACGGGUUCUACACGUGUCGCGGAGUUAAUUGCCGCUAAGUAG